GAAUGCCAUGCCGGGCUUUUGCUAAAUCGGUCAUCCUAUGGAGACGUACGGUACAACGGUACAGGGGACAGACGAUAGAGCCAAGAGGGGAACUAGUUUCUACCGGUACCAGGGUUAUAAAGUGCAGAUACUCUGAUUUAACCUUAACACACGUCAACAGAGGCUGCUGGAGUCUUCCCCGUUUCUUAUAUACCUACCUACCCCGUGGGGAACUGACAACCUAAGAGUUUCUACACGAUGUAGAACCAUUCAACCCUCGACCCUCUAGGAAGAACAACACAGAAACACUGGGAAAGCAAAAGGUCGCCCCGAAAAUAAAGAAACGAUGCAUCUCGGACUUUCCGCCACCUACGCUUUGGCGCUAGUGGCCGGUGCAUUAGCCAUGCCAUCGCAACAGCUAGACACCCGCCAGCAGCCGUUCACGUCAACCGCCAUCACCACGCACACCGAGCCCUGGGCGUUCGCCUUCCUGCCGGACAACCGCAUCCUCGUGACCGAGCGUCGCGGCAACCUGAUCCUCGUCGACCCGGAGAAGAAGACCAAGGGCACCGUCACCGGCGUGCCCGCCGUCGCCUACGGCGGCCAGGGCGGCCUCCACGACGUCGCCCUGCACCCCCAGUACGAGGAGAACAACAUCGUGUACCUCAGCUACGCGGAGAGCGGCUCCGGCGGCGCCGGCGGCGCAGUGGCGCGCGCCAAGCUCACGCUCGACACCAACGGCGGCGGCGCGCUGUCCGGACUCGAGGUCAUCUGGCGGCACUCGCAGCGGGCGUCUGGGGGACUGCAAUUCGCGUGCCGGCUUCUCUUCGGGCCCGACGGCGCGCUGUGGAUCUCGUCGGGCGAGAUCAACCAGAUGACGCCGGCGCAGAGCAUGACGAGCAACCUCGGCAAGGUGAUCAAGCUGUACGACAACGGGACGGCGUUCGCGGGCAACCCGUUCGCGAGCCAGGGGGCGGUGCAGGCGCAGAUCUGGUCGCUGGGCCACCGCAACCCUCUGGGCAUCGACUGGGACGCCGAGGGCCGCCUCUGGGAGGUCGAGAUGGGCCCCAUGGGCGGCGACGAGCUCAACCUGAUCAAGUCGGGCGCCAACUACGGGUGGCCCGUCGUCUCCGAGGGCCGUCAUUAUGAUGGUCGCACGAUCCCCGCCCACAGCACCCGCCCCGACAUCGAGCCCCCCAAGGCCUUCUGGGUCCCCGUAAUCUCCCCCGCCGGCCUCAUCAUCUACAAGGGCAAGCUGUUCUCCAGCUGGACCGGCAAUGCUAUUAUCACCGGUCUCACCUCGCAGGCUAUCGUGCGCGCGACUAUCACGGGCGACACGGCGAAGGAGGCCCAGCGCAUCUCGAUGGGCAAGCGCAUGCGCGGUAUCCGAGAGGACAAGGAGGGCGCCAUCUGGGUGAUUGAGGAUGGUCAGGGCGGCCGGCUCUUGAAGCUUACCCCUUAAACUAGGUAAACUUGCGUUAUUAGCGAGGGACUUGGGGAGAUUUUGGGACAGCCUGUACAUAAGGUACAUAUAUGUAGAUUAUAUAGUCGUUUUUUCACGCGUUAUAAGAUCCGCGCAAUUUACCUUUCAAACCUGUCGGUAGAUGGCAACUUAUCCUCCUUAUCAAGCUUGCCAACUGUUCCGAGCGCCCUGAUAUCACGACUAGAGAUUAUUCGAGGUGACCAAGUUGAACUCGCUAACUCCCUAUCAUUUAUACCAUAACUAUCCUCCCCCUUUACCUAAAGUGUGUUGAGACCGACUGUGUUAACAAUGAAAUACGAAGGUCUAGCACCAACCUCGCAGGAUAAAUAGCUGGCUCGGGAGUAGCUAGAUAGCUGACAUCGGUGUGAAGUAGAAAAG